AUGGCUCCCGGACAUGCCUUCCGCUGGGUGAAGCCCGAAGUGUACCCCAUCAUCUUUCCCGUUGCGCUGGCCCUCGGGGCGAUGACCUACUCCAUGGGGCGCCACCUUUGGACCAACCCCGAAGUCUUCCCCAGCAAGAAGCUGCGCACGGAGGGCAUCCCUGAGGAGGAGACCAACCGGUUUCGUGCAGAGGGGUACUCCAAGUCCAUCUUCCGGUCUCUACAGGAGGGACGAGGAAUGAAGGGCAUCUUUGGCACCUCCAGCCAGGAUCACUAG